AUGAGGCUUCUCAGAGUUCAUACCCUCACAUUUGAAGAGUUUCCGGACACAAGCAGGCGGCCCCCAUAUGUUAUUGCAUCACAUCGAUGGCUCGGCACAGAGAUCACGUAUCAGGACGUAUUGACAAGAACCUACACAUCUAGCGAGGGAUUUAAGAAGGUCGAACGAUUUGCCGACUAUAUCAUCAAGAAUGUUAAAUCAGUGAAACACUUGUGGAUUGACACUUGCUGUAUCAACAAGGAAAAUCUGCCCGAGCUUUCCAGAUCUAUCACAUCAAUGUUCAAAUGGUAUCACGAGGCGCAGCAGUGCCUGGCCUACCUUCACGACGUUCCCAAUUCUGAGGUCUGCACGAACAAGAACCGAGAUCUACGCGCGUUCGAAACGAGUUCAUGGUUUACGAGGGGCUGGACUCUGCAAGAGCUACUUGCGCCUCGCACCGUUGUCUUUCUAACCAAGGACUGGAAAGUGAUCGGACACAAGGGAACAGCAGACACUCGCUUGCGUGAAGACCUGUUUGGUCCUCAGCUUCAUUACCUACUCUCUCAAAUUACCAAGAUUCCGGAGCGAGUGCUAAUUGACUACAGCCACAGCCAACAAUUAAGCGUUGACGAAAGGCUGGAGUGGAUGAACAAAAGGGAAAUCACUAAAGAAGAAGACAUGAUGUAUGCCUUGUUUGGGAUUUUCGACAUAUCGAUUGAGGUAUUGUACGGCGAGGAUACUGCUUUGCAUGAGGAGAUCAUGCGCAAAUUGAUAUCGACGACAAUGUGAGCCAUCCGCAACGAGCAACAUUUGUGGUUGUCUGACUAAUGAAAAUGAAAGGUUCCAAUGGGCAAAGUGCCAGCUAGAUCGAUUAGCUGACGCUGCUGGGGAUGAGGACUUUCCCGCGAUGUUGGACGAGAUGCCCAAAGAUUUGAACAGGAC